GGACUGACACAGAUAAAGGCCACCGGAAAAAGCAUGAGAAGAAAUUAGAAGUUAAAUUAUAAAAUAGAACAGGCAGCAGUAUGCUUACAUCUUAGUGACAGUCUUUUUGAGAUUUCAAAGUAUUUAAGAAAACUUAAAUUUUUUCUUAAUUUGAGUUUGUUGAAGUUUAUUUGGGGAGCCGAUUGUGGGGUUUGGAAUCACCUAGUCAGAGCCACUAUAAAAGCCUUUUUUUUUCUUCUUUUUUUUUAAAGAAAAGUUUAAAAGCAUGACUCCCUUCAGAUGUGAUCAUUGCCAGCUCCUACCAGCCUGCCCUGUGGAAGCGUGGGGAGCCCACAGCCAGGCGCUGCGACCACCCCCUGGUAGGGAGCAGCUAUGUCAGGAAUUUACUGCAAUAUGCGGAACUUUUCCAUUGUUUCUGUUGGAAGCAAAGUCUCCAGCCCUGUUUUAAUACCACAAGGAACUUAAAACCAAGCAGGCUUUAUUUUUAUAAUUCACUUCCAAGAUUACAGACAGCAGCUCUUGACAAGUUAAACUGCAGGAAAAGAUUUAUGAUUUUGCCAAAGGACCUCAGCAGAAUUUUCUUUCCAUCAGGUGAACUUCAAAGUCUAGACAUCUAGACAGUGAGCAGCAUCUUCCAACAGGGCCCCCAGCCUGGCUCCCUUGAUCUCCCUUUGCCCACUGUUAGCCUAUUACCACAUCCCCCGUAUGACCCUAUUGACUCCACCAAAGCCAUCUGGGUGUAGUGUUUUUCUGGACACACUAAAUGUAAAGCAGACUUUUGAAAUAGAACCUUGGUUCCUGGGGAAAACCUUCUCUUACCUGUUUCCAGCUUUUCUCAUCUUCUGCAUACCUACCACAUGUAAAACUUCUGCAGUCCAACAACCACUGCCCACCCACUGGCUGGUUCUCAUAAAGCAUCAUUUGACUUCUUAAUGCCACAUCGAUUCUCCUUUACCAGCAUAAUCAAACAGGGAUUUCAGCUUUUUAAGACCAUAGGAAGGAAUCAUUUAGCAUGUAUGUUAGGAUGUCUUCCUUGUCCUUUUACAACUCAAACCUUGUAAACCAGGUGCCUGAGUAUCAACAGUCUACUGUCAUUCCUUUUAAAAAUGUGAAAAGAUAUAUGAUGAACUUGAAGCUUUAGUGAAUUUCUCAUAUUUUCCUGACAGGCAGAUGACAUUGUUAGGUCUGUUUUUUUUAGGAGUGAAAUUACAACCCAGAACUUGUCACUACCAGUCCUACUGGAACACAAAGGUCAGAGUGGUGGAUUUGGAUGGGAGUUGAAGUCUGUGUCACUAAUGACUGGAUGGGAGCAUUGAGGUGGUUUAUGGGAUGACAUGAAGCUCGGAGCUAUGUUUAUGAGCUUUGGGAAGCUGAUCAGGAUGAUCAUCAAGACUCCCCUGCUCCAUGGUUUUCAGUCUCUUUUCCCUCUCACGUCAUAGUCUCACAUCUAUGUGUUCCCCAAGCCUUUCUGCCCUCCAUGUAGCUGUUUGCAUUUGUUGAAGCCUAGUGUGAAAGCGUAGUUUCAGUCCUCAGAUGGGCCACCAGGGCCCUCCCACUAGGGGCAGGAAAAAAAAGGAAGAUUAUGCCAAGCUUCAGGGCAGCCUCACAGAGUUGGGCAGAAUUGUAGGAAAGAGAAGCUAGGUCAGUGUGUCACACCGUCAACAUAGCAAGGAGAAACCCAGGAUACUAGACGUUACAUUAUGAGAUUGGUGGGCUUCCACUGGAGUGCUGAGCAUGUUGAGUUGCCGAGAGGAAGGGUUGGCUGGGUGGUGAGGGCAGGGAGGAGGCAGUAGGCACAGACCACCUUUAGAGAGUUAGUUGAUUCUGUCCAGAGUUGUCCUGUCCCUCCAUGACCUUCCAUGCCACAACUGUGGAACUCUAAUUCAGUCUUGACUGAUUUGGAAUCACCUCAACUCUGCAUGUAAAUAAGAGUAUAAAGUUCAAGAAAGACUUGUGGCCUGGCUUCUGGGCUCUGGAGUGUAGUUGAUUUUAUACUGCAGUUAGCUUGUGACUUUGAGGACACAGCAUACCUACACAUCCAUUAUUGAAAUUGCCAAAUGCAUGUGUUGAAUUUUUAAUGUAACUUGAGCAAACCUUCUGGAAUUCUGCGUCCUCUUUGCAGCCUGGACAUUUUUAAAAGUGGAACAUUAUUCUCUAGAAUUUCCUGGUAUUUGUCUAGUUUAUUAGAAUAGUAGCACAUAGUCCAGACCUGGGUUAAAUUACUCUUGUGCUGCGUUAGGCAGUUUUGAUUUUGCAACUCCCACCCUAGGUCCCAGCCGAGUAAAGCUGGCCAUCCAUUGUCCAAGGAAGCCAAAGUCCUGGUAUGGCUUUUACUAAAAAGGCCUGCCCCGCCCAUUGAGAUUGUUCACUGCCAGGCAGACCUUUCAGAUCAAGUUUCUGGGCUUGAAGGAUCUUGUUUAGGACAAAAACUGAAAUGGAAAAAAGCUGAGUUACAACUUGAUGGUGUUCCUUUACAAAUACAGUGAAAGUUUUUAUGUAACUUGUUUACUUAUUUAUCUGUAUUGAGGUUUAACUUUGGGGCUUACACUUUGUGUAAGCAAGCUCUUUAGCUACCCCUUGAGUCAUGCCCCCCCCCCCAUACCCCAAUGCUUGUUGCUUUAGUCAUUUUCCCUUAGGGUCUUGUGGUUUUUGCCUGGGACUUGCCAAGACUGAUCCCCUUACCUAUGCCUCCUGUGUAGCUGGGAUUAUAGGAUUAUAGAUGUGUACUAGCACACCUAGCUUGUUUGUUAGUUUAGCUGUUUCUUGCUAACUUGUUUGCCAGUGCUGGCCUGGCAGCUAUUAUCUUCCUGAUCACCUCCUAAGUAGUUGUGAUUACAAGUGUGAGCCACUGAACUGUGUUCAGUUUUUAUGACUUUGUUUUUCUUUUGCCAAGUGAAACAAUAGGUUUAAAGUGUGUUCUCUAAAGAAUAAAAGAUGUGCUUAUUGUCAUUGUUGCUCUUUGCUUAACAGUAGCAGAAAGAGUUCUUGUCUUUUGAGUUUUAAUUGUGGCUCCUGAGGCCAAGUGACCUCAGGCAGGUAUCACUCAUCUCUAGUCUAGGAGUGUUUUCUUGGUGAAAAGAGAAGAGGAUAGAUUGGGACUUUGGGGCCUUUAACAGAGUAGUCCAUAGUAGUAAGGGCAUCGGGUUAAAUAUGAAUGCUGAUCAGGGCUGAAAUUGAAUCUACUUCCUUGGUCUUGGCAUCAGCAGCUAAGUACGCAGAGAUUUUGUGUGGAGGUCUUACUGUGGUAGAUAACUGCUGCCUUCUUCCUUCCCUAUCACUUUUCUUCCUGUACAUAACAUUUUUUUGUCCUGUCCUUCAUGCUGUUCUUUGUUUUCAUUGCCAUUUCACUUCCUGUGUUUCAUUCCUGUAUCUUUCUUGUCUAGACCAAGUGGAGCAGCCAGCUGGCAGUAGCGCCAUGCAGGACUCUGCAGGACCCCGAUGGGAAGAAAAAAUCCCAGGAAAAUAAAAACAAAGGAAAUAAAGCCCACAAUAUACAGCUGAAAGCCAGUGAUCCAGAUUCCACCUGUGCAAAUAUGAGAGACUCUGAAGAAGGUCCUGAAGAAGAGGAAGAGAGGCCUUUGGCUUCAGUGCCUGAAAAGCCAGCUCUUGUCCCAGAGGUGGUGAGUCAGGACCUGCCUCCAGAGCUGGUUGCUCCUCUCCCUGCCUGUGAGCCACAGCCAGAGCCAGCCGGGAAACAAGCCACAGGCUGUGAGGUCAAUGAUGUGGAAGAAGUGGAAGAGGAGGAGGAGGAAGAGGAGGAGGAAGAGGAGAUGGAUGGUGAGGAGGAUGAGCUGGAAGAAGAUGGGGAGGAAGAAGCUGACAUGCCGAACGAAAGCUCUGUAAUAGAACCAGAAAUACGGUGUGAUGAGAAGCUAGAGGAUUUGUUAGAAGAACCAAAAACCAUUUCAAAAGAAAUCCCCGAAGACUCUGGGGAAGUGCCACCUCUUACCAAAGCCCCCAGAACUAAGGAGGAAGCCAAUGGGGAUGUGCUUGACACGUUCAUGUUUCCUUGUCAGCAUUGUGAAAGGAAGUUUACAACCAAGCAGGGGCUCGAACGCCACAUGCAUAUCCACAUGUCUACGGUCAAUCAUGCUUUCAAGUGCAAGUACUGUGGGAAGGCAUUUGGCACACAGAUCAACAGGAGGCGGCAUGAGCGUCGCCACGAAGCAGGGUUAAAACGAAAACCCAGCCUGGCUCUACAACCACCAGAAGACCUGGCUGAUGGCAAAGCUUCCGGAGAAAAGGCUCCUCCUAAAGAUGAAUCAAAUCCCCCUCCACUUGGGCAAGACUGUUUGACCUUGAACUCAGAGAAAGCCUCCCAGGAAACAGUGAAUUCUUCUGCUGUAGAGGAGAACGGGGAAGUGAAAGAACUUCAUCCAUGCAAAUACUGUAAGAAGGUUUUCGGGACGCAUACCAAUAUGAGACGGCAUCAGCGCAGAGUUCACGAACGCCACCUGAUUCCCAAAGGCGUCCGGCGGAAAGGAGGCCUUGUGGAAGAGCCGCAGCCCCCGGCAGAACAAGCCCAGCCCACCCAGAAUGUCUACGUUCCAAGCACCGAGCCAGAGGAGGAAGGAGAGGCAGAUGAUGUGUACAUCAUGGACAUUUCUAGCAAUAUCUCUGAAAACUUAAAUUACUACAUUGACGGUAAGAUUCAGACCAACAGCAGCACUAGUAAUUGUGACGUAAUUGAGAUGGAGUCUAAUUCGGCAGACUUGUAUGGCAUAAAUUGUCUUCUCACUCCAGUUACGGUGGAGAUUACUCAAAAUAUAAAGACUACCCAGGUCCCGGUGACCGAUGAUCUUCCAAAGGAGCCCCCCAGCAGCACAAACUGUGAGUCCAAGAAACGGAGGACUGCCAGUCCACCCGUGCUCCCCAAGAUUAAAAUGGAAAUGGAUCCUGAGCCUGUGGCCCCACCGUGCUCCUUAACUCUACCACUUAGUGUAGCAACGACCGAGGCAGUGUCUUUCCAUAAAGAGAAGAGUGUGUAUUUGUCAUCAAAGCUCAAGCAGCUUCUCCAAACCCAGGACAAGCUGACUCCUCCUGCAGGGGUGUCAGCUACUGAGAUCCCUAAGUUAGGUCCUGUGUGUGUGUCUGCACCGGCUUCCAUGUUACCUGGGACCUCCAGUCGAUUUAAGAGGCGGACCAGCUCCCCACCCAGCUCUCCUCAGCACAGCCCUGCCCUUCGGGACUUUGGGAAGCCAAGUGAUCCGAAAGUGGUGUGGACAGAUGCAGUUCUGACUUCCAAGAAGCCCAGGUUAGAAAGCCAUGGCGACUCGCCUGCCUGGACUUUGUCUGGAAGAGAUGAGAGAGAAACUGGGAGCCCUCCUUGCUUUGAAGAAUACAAAAUGUCAAAAGAGUGGGCAGCCUCCUCUACUUUCAGCAGUGUGUGCAACCAGCAGCCCCUGGAUUUGUCCAGCGGCAUGAAACAGAAGACGGAAGGCACAGGCAAGACCCCAGUCCAGUGGGAGGCUGUCUUAGAUCUCAGUGUGCAUAAAAAGCCUUGUCUGGACCUUGAGGGCAAGGAAUUCAAAGAAAACCAUUUGGCACCGCCAGCAUGUAGUGCUGGAAAGAAAAAGAAACCAACCACGUGCAUGCUGCAGAAGGUCCUGCUCAACGAAUACAACGGCAUCGACGUGCCUGGGGAAGCCGCUCCCGACGUGGCCAGGAGCCCGAGUCCUUGUAAACCCGUUGAUGCCCAGGCGGACCCUGACCUGGGUCCCGACUCUGGCUUCUCUGCCCCUGCUGUGGAGUCCCCACCUGAAGCCUGUCCUUCAUCACCCACCCUCCAGACCGCUUCCCUGUCUUCUAGUCAGCUGCCUCCUCUCUUGGUCCCCACAGACCCGUCUUCUCCUCCACCCUGCCCUCCUGUGUUAACUGUUGCCACCCCGCCCCCUCCGCUGCUGCCUACUGUCCCUCUUCCUGCCCCCUCGUGCAAUGCCUCUCCUCACCCAUGCCCCUCUCCACUCUCAAAUGCCACCGCCCAGUCUCCCCUUCCGAUUCUGUCCCCAACGGUGUCUCCUGCCCCCUCUCCCAUUCCUCCCGUGGAGCCACUUGUGUCUGCUGCUUCUCCUGGGCCUCCAAAGCUUUCUUCCUCCUCCUCCUCUGCCUCCUCCGCCGCCGCUGCCUCCUCCUCCUCCUCCUCAUUCUCGUCUUCCCCUGCCUCCUCCUCCCCUUCACCACCCCCUCUGUCAGCAGUGUCUUCGGUCGCUUCCUCUGGGGACAAUCUGGAGGCUUCUCUCCCUUCAAUAACUUUCAAACAGGAGGAGUUGGAGACUGAAGGUGUAAAGCCCAGGGAAGAGCCCCAACCUACAGUUGAACAGGAUGUCAUUCAGGAAACAUUUAGCAAAAACUUUGUUUGCAAUGUCUGUGAAUCACCUUUUCUUUCCAUUAAAGAUCUAACCAAGCAUUUAUCUAUUCAUGCUGAAGAAUGGCCCUUCAAAUGUGAAUUCUGUGUCCAGCUUUUUAAGGCUAAAACUGAUUUAUCAGAGCAUCGCUUUAUGCUUCAUGGAGUUGGGAAUAUCUUUGUGUGUUCCGUAUGUAAAAAAGAAUUUGCUUUUUUGUGCAAUUUACAGCAACACCAGCGAGAUCUUCACCCAGACAAGGUGUGCACACACCACGAGUUCGAAAGCGGGACCUUACGACCCCAGAACUUUACAGACCCCAGCAAGGCCCACAUGGAGCAUAUGCAGGACUUGCCAGAAGAUCCUCUGGAACCUUCUAAAGAAGAGGAGGAAUUAAAUGAUUCCUCUGAGGAGCUUUAUACCACCAUAAAAAUAAUGGCUUCUGGAAUAAAGACGAAAGAUCCAGAUGUUCGAUUGGGUCUGAAUCAGCAUUACCCAAGCUUUAAGCCACCCCCAUUUCAGUACCAUCACCGAAAUCCCAUGGGUAUUGGGGUGACAGCCACAAACUUCACUACCCACAAUAUCCCACAGACUUUCACCACAGCCAUCCGCUGCACAAAAUGUGGGAAAGGUGUUGACAACAUGCCUGAGUUGCACAAACACAUCCUGGCAUGUGCCUCUGCCAGCGACAAGAAGAGAUACACCCCCAAGAAAAACCCCGUACCUUUGAAACAAACUGUGCAGCCCAAAAACGGAGUGGUUGUGUCAGAGGGUCCUGGGAAAAAUGCCUUCAGAAGAAUGGGGCAGCCCAAAAGACUGAACUUCAGUGUGGAGCUCAGCAAAAUGUCACCAAACAAGCUGAAAUUAAAUGCCUUGAAGAAGAAAAAUCAGCUUGUCCAGAAAGCAAUCCUUCAAAAAAACAAAUCUGCCAAGCAGAAGGCUGACUUGAGAAACGCUUCCGAGUCGUCCUCACACAUCUGCCCCUACUGCAACAGGGAGUUCACGUACAUUGGCAGCCUGAACAAGCACGCCGCUUUCAGCUGUCCCAAAAAGCCCCUUUCUCCUUCCAAAAGAAAAGCUUCUCACUCCAAGAAAGGUGGCCACCCCUCUUCUGCCAGUGGAGAGAAGAAUCACAGCAGCAACCACCGCCGGCGGACCGCAGAUGCCGAGAUCAAGAUGCAGAGCACGCAGGCGCCUCUGGGCAAGACCAGAGCUCGCAGCUCAGGCCCUGGACAAGUCGCGCUGCCCUCCUCAUCCUUCAGGUCCAAGCAGAACGUCAAGUUUGCAGCUUCGGUCAAGGCCAAAAAACCAAACUCCUCCUCUUUAAGAAACUCCAGCCCAGUAAGAAUGGCCAAAAUGACCCACAUGGAGGGCAGGAAAUCCAAAGCUGUGGCCAAGAACCAUGCUGCUUCACUCUCAAGCAAAUCGUCCCGGACCCUGCACGUGAGGGUACAGAAAAGCAAAGCUGUUUUGCAAAGUAAGUCUGCUCUGGCGAGUAAGAAGAGAACAGACCGGUUCAAUGUAAAAUCUAGAGAACGGAGUGGGGGCCCGAUUACCCGAAGCCUUCAGCUGGCAGCUGCUGCGGAUCUGAGUGAGAACAGGAGCGAGGACAGCAGUGCCAGGCACGAGCUGAAGGACUUCAGCUACAGCCUCCGCCUGGCAUCCCGGAGCGCCCCGGCGGCCGCCUACAUCACCAGGCAGUGCCGGAAGGUCAAGGCCGCGGCCGCGGCCCAGUUCCAGGCGCCUUUCCUCAAGGAGUAGCCGCUCGCCUGCCCGACAGCACCGGAAGUGACUUGGAAUCAGUGAAGCCAAAGGGACCGGCCGUCGACCCUGCAAGGAGGAGCAACCCAACCCCGUGGUGUGAGAUCACAAGCAAGCGUGCACGCGUGUGUGUGUCUAGGCCUGCAGGCCCACACACACUUGUCAGACCCGGGGAGCAGGCAGGCAGCUGGCUCCCACCGUCCUCUGGACUGAUCCUUGGAUGUGGCCCCGGAAGGUGCUCUGCCGCUCGGCCUUGCUGUAGAGAUGGGGUCUCUCAUACUAUGCAAUUUCUCAAGAGCUCUUUGCCCUGCUUUUUCUUUUCUUUUUUUUACUUUCUUCCUUCUUGAGCUGUCUUUGGCCAUUGUGGGGACUUUGGGUUAACCCCAGGAGUCAGCCUUAGUCCUCCCUUGGGGAAGGCCUUCCGAGAGGCCACAUUCCCCUGACUCCACCCCCGCCUCCCUUCCCCCCACCCUCUGGGAGUCAGUGGCCUCUAGACCCCACAGGCUGAGCCUGAAUCCUCAGCCCAGCCCUGGGGGGGGCGGAACCCCCUUUCCUGCCCAUGAGACCGUAGCAGAGGACCGUGUGUGCACACUUGCAUGCACACACACAGACACUCGCACACAUAGAGGAAAUGGGGGGGGGGUGGAGGAAGAAUUUACCAGAAGCAAAGUGGGAGGAGGAAGGACUUUCAGAGGCCAGGAGCUGCCUGCCAGGAAAGCUGGGGUUCCCCUGCUUGUCCUCGACCCAGCCUGGGGCUCAGCGACACAGGGGUCGGUGAGGCGGACGGGCCCGGUGCCUUGGGGGUGGACCCGGGGCAGAGGCGCCCUGGGACCCCCCCUUUGGUGCUGUGUCCCCCUGGGGACGUGGUGGUGGCCCCCUGGUGGCAGGGCAGCACCGGGGAGGCUGCGACACCGUAGGGAGAUGUGUUUCCUUUGUCAGGGCUACCCGUGUCGAGCUCCCCGCGCUGUAAAUAUGUAUGGAGACGCUUUGGAAAAGCACGUUAUUUAUGCCCCCCACUGUAAAUGCCCCAUUUUUAAAGUUUUAUAAUGCCUCUCAUCAAAUUCGUCCGUGUCCUGGCUACAGGAUGGGGGUUCGGGGGGGGGUCCUCUGGAAGAAGGCCACGUGGGCCCAGAAGUGCCCGUCAGUGGCCCAGGUCAGCCUUUCCCUGGCUUCCACCCAGCUCACGUUGGUUCCUUGUCCUCAA